AGAAUGACUGUAACGACCAAAAUAUAGUCCAAUGGCGCUUAAAAAGACACCUUUAUCAGUUUCAUUGUGCGGAAGGGCUGAUAUUCAAGCAAUAGUCGCAUAUUUAAUAGUCGCAUUUUUCUUCUUUGUUAAUGUUACUAAUUGUACAAUAAUUUCGAUUGGUUUGAAGGACAAAGACGUUAAUUCGAAAAAUAAAUCACAGGAAAAAGUCUGCGAAACACAAGCAUGUAUCGAAGCAGCAUCGCUAAUUUUGAAUAACAUUGACACAAAAGCAGUACCUUGCGAUAAUUUUUAUCAAUUUGCGUGUGGCAAAUUUUUAGAGGAAUCAAUUAUUCCGGAAUCCCAAAAUAGCAUAUCUGCUUUUACUCGAACUAAUGAAAAACUAUUGAAGCAGCUGAGGACAAGUCUAGAACGUAAAAUGGAUAAUAACACUCCAAGAACGUUCAAAGUGCUGCAGUCAUUUUAUUAUUCUUGUCUCGAUAUUGCUAAAAUCAACGAAACUAGUACAAAUGAAGUGUUGGAUAUACUGAAGAAACUUGGUGACUGGCCUGUUCUGGUCGGACAAUCUUGGAACGCUUCCGACUUUGAUUGGAAAAAAUUAAUCUAUCAGAUGCGUGAAAUUGGAUAUACAGAAGCGAUGAAUUGUUUUAUAGAGAUAGGUAUCGAAAUAUCCGAAGAAAAUAAUAACAGGAGAUAUGUAAUAACUUUGGAUCAGGGAUCUACAGGACUCGAACAAGAGUACUUAUCAAAAGGUUUCCAAAACAAAAUUGUACAAGCCUACUAUAAAUAUAUGACCAAUCUUGCGGCAGUCCUUGGAGCUGAUAAGCAACAAUCAGAGAAAGAACUGCGCGAUUCUUUGAAUUUUGAAAUUGAGGUUUUGAAGUUUUUUUUACCGAGAGAAGAGCGUAGAAAUAUGUCUGAACUGUACAAUUUUAUGCCUCUAGAACAAUUAAAAUCAGAAUAUCCAGAUAUCCCUUGGAGCGAGUAUUUCAAUCAAAUUGUGUCGCCACAAACUAAAUGGAUUACAGAGAAUGAUCUUAUCUUAGUUAAAGUGCCAAGUUUCCUUAAAUCUUUAUUAAAACUAAUUAAUAAUACUUCGAAGCGUGUUCUUGCCAAUUAUGCUAUUUGGCGAGUAGUUCAAGAGUCGACUUCUUUCAUGAAUGAAAAUGUGCAACGCAUCACAGCUGACUACAGUGCAUCAAUAACAGGUACAAAUGUACAAGAACCACGAUGGAUACAGUGUCUUGACUACGUAUCGCAAAAUGUGCAUUUGGCUGUUGGAGCUUUGUAUGCAAGAGAACAUUUCGAUAAGAAAUCGAAAAAAAGUGCUGAAGAGCUUGUUAACAGAUUGCGUCAGAGUUUUGCUGAUUUAUUAGAAAAGACUGACUGGAUGGAUGAAAAAACUAAAGAGGCCGCUAAAAAGAAGCUUCGUUCAAUGAAAAAUUACGUCGCUUAUCCGGACGAGUUACUUGAGGAUAAAAAAAUUGAUGCCUAUUUCCAGGAACUAGAAAUUAAUUCGGAAAGUUUUUUAAAAAAUCAUCUGAAUUUAAAGCUUUUUAAAUUCAAAAAGAUUUUGGAAAAACUGAAAAAACCCGUCGAUCAAGAUGAUUGGACGGAGAGAGGGUAUAUUACAACAGUGGACGCAUUUUAUAAACUUUCAAUGAAUAUCAUUGAAAUUCCGGCGGGAAUAUUGCAAGGCGUAUUUUUCAACAGUAGUCGGCCGCACUACUUGAAUUACGCUGCGAUUGGUUGGAUAAUUGGUCAUGAAUUAACACAUGGGUUUGAUGAUCAAGGAAGUCAAUAUAACGAGUAUGGUGAUUUGAUCAACUGGUGGGAUCCUGAAACAUUCAAAAAUUAUCGUAAUCGAACUAAAUGUAUAAUUCAGCAAUACAGUAAUUAUACAGUUAAUGGCUUGAAAGUGAAUGGUAAGAAUACUCAAGGUGAAAAUAUCGCAGAUAACGGAGGUAUCAAGGAAGCUUACUUCGCUUAUGAAGAAUAUGAAAAGACUCAUGAGCAAGAAUUAGGUUUACCUGGAUUAUCGUACACAUCGCGGCAACUGUUCUGGAUAAAUGCAGCAAAUAUCUGGUGCGACAAAUCUAGACCUGAAAAUUUGGAACACGUAAUCAAUACCGAUGUUCAUGGUCCUGCUGAGAUUCGCGUCAUUGGAACUUUCUCUAAUAUACCUGAAUUUUCUAGAGACUUUAAUUGUCCUGUCGGAUCUCGAAUGAAUCCUAUUGAAAAAUGCACAGUUUGGUAAAUGUAAAUUGUUUAUUUGCACCAUUAGAUUUUCGUAUCUGAUAAAAUAUUAAAAACAAAAAUAAAUAAUCUA